AUGGAUUCGUUCGUUCAGGGAGGUCCUGCCGUGGAGCAUGGAGCUGUGGUGCUGGUUUGGAAGGCAUUACUUUUACUGAUCCUCACGUGCGGCAAUUUACUCGUCGCAGCAAACGCGGACUUUUACAAUACGUAUGAUGUGCAGCUUUACGCCACGCCCGACGACUGUCGCUCGAACGAGUACUACGAUCUUUUCGCCUUGAAGUGUAGCCUGUGCGACGACGGAUUACACCUGGUACCAGCCAAAGACAAGUUAUCCUGUGCGUGUAACGACCAAUCGGUAGCCACCCGUGACCAUGACAGUGUCCUUCAGCGCCCGGUUUGCCAAAAUGUGAGCGAAUUUUUCGCCCAGUUCAGCGCCGGCGAACGAUUCGAUACGGUGAACUUCUGCAAAACCAUCCAAGUAGGCAUCGUCAAUACGACCAAAUCCACCAGAACCGUGUACCAACGGCGGCGAACCUUCCCACCCGGCAACGAACGGUCGGUGUGCGAAUGCGACCUAAAGGCCAACGUGCUGUACACCGAGCGGGAUGGUGCCGGCAUUGCUGACCCGCGAGCUGCUCAUAACUUUUGCAUACCCCUGUCACUGCUCCGGGACGUACAGCACUUCCCGGCGUUCAGCUUGAACCGGUUCCUGCACCAGAACCGUCAGAACGUGAACGUGUACAAAAAUGUCAAGUAUCUAAUGGUGUUUUGUCAUGUGAUGCGAAGCAUGCAGCAUUGCCAGCAUUUGGCGAACCUAUGCGUUCUCAGCUUCUACAGCCUGGACCGGCAUUCGCCAUGUGCCAUUUUCUACACCUUCCAAACGUACGAUCUGACCGCGCUUGGUGCGGCUGGGUUGGGUGGUGGUGGUGUCCCCAGUGUGGUCAGUGCGAGUCAAAGCUACCUGGCGGGUGAUGGAGCUGGUGGCGGGACCGGACCCAAGUUGGGGCCAGAUGUCGCACGGCCUGGAUUAUUCUAUCGCCGCGGGAAGUACGUCAGCGAGCUGUUGGAGAAGUAUCUGGACUUCAGCUACGAUAGUGAUGCUAAAAAUCAGAUAAACAACACGCUCAAUUUCACCUUGGUAAGCUACGAUUUGCACGGCCAUUUGCGCCACUUUCGCGAGAUGCGCUUUGCCGACCUGAACCUAUGCGAACGGUACGACGUCAGCCAGGAGCAACGGGUACGCUUUGGUCAGAACUACCGGCGAAAGUGCAUCCUGAACGUGAACAGGCUCGUGGUGGACUUCCGCGAGGUCGAGUUCCUGUCGCUGUACGUCAGCUAUCACGAGCAGCGGGUUAGGCUGAUGCGUUCGGUGCCGGUGCUAAUCCGGGAUGCCUUCAACCAAAACGCCGACCCGGAACCGGACCGAUGGCAGCUCGUGAAGCGGUUCCUGCUUGUGGACACCGUUUCGGGGUUGAACGAGCUGCACAAACCGAAGCAGUUCGGCGAGAUUGACGUGAGGAGUCAGUUUUUCUUUCUCCGGUACGUCAAGAGAAUUGAGUUGGAGUUCAGGCUACAUCCGGACCAUGGUAAACACCCGAACCGGAUCGCCAUACCGCUGGUACGGAUGGAGUACGCGUUGCUCAACAUGUCAGCUGCCCAGGUCCCGCAGGUGGGAAAUACGGUCGAGUUUGAGUUCCACGUGUCAUUCACAAAGGCGUACAGCUAUUCUUCCUUGCUGGAGAUUCUGCUCCCGAUCUUCGUACUGCUCGCAUUUUCUAUGGCCGUUUUCCAGACGUACUGUUACAAGUUGCGGCAGAGCAAACAGUACUACGACAUGGAGAUAUUCUGGAACUUUUGCAUCUUUCUUGGUUCGUACCUCGGUGCGGUGUUCCUGAUCGUGUCAGGUACUAUUGUGCUGCACGCGUUUUGCAUCUUCAAAACUCAGAGCACGAUUCACUUGUUGCCGCCGCUGGAAGCACAAAACGUGGUGGAAGUUUUCAUCUAUGUAGCGUUCGCUUUAAAGAUUGUCAAACUGAUUCGUGUGUUCUUCUGCAUGGCUAACGUCGACAUUUUCUUCAUCGACUGGGAGCGACCGAAGAUAUUCGAUAUUGGCAACAUGGGCCAACGAUUGCACCAGCUGGACACUCCUUCGAUUGCGUCGAGCACAAACACAAAACCCACCUCGCACGAUAGCGUAUCGGCGUGGCGCAACUAUUUCAUCGCGAACGAAUGGCAAGAGUUGGCGACCCGAAGGAAGAUUUCCAUGUUCGCCCACCUCGUCCUGUUGGUGCUGGCGUUUGUUAUAUUGGGUUUCGAAAAUUGGGCUUCCAAUGCGUUCCAUCUGCAUGUGCAUCGGAACGAUGAGUUUCUGGGGUCGCCAGACAAAAUGCUUUUCCUAGCAGUUGCGAUGUUGAUCUACACCACGGUGUACAUCGCGCAGCGAUUGUACAAUUGGCUGUUUCAUGAUCGAUUCAUAGAGAAUGCGAUCCAGCAGUUUAUCGACGUUGCGUCCAUUGCGAAUAUAUCCGUGUUCAUACUGAGCAUGGAAUCGUACGGAUACUACAUCCACGGUCGAUCGCCGCAUGGCUUUUCCGACACGGACAUGUGCUCGAUGAUUAUGCAGUUCAAGCGCGAGGAAGACAACCUUUGCGGAAAUCGUGGUCUGUUGCCGGGCUCCGAGCAACAAACGUACUCCAUUUUAGUGCCAAAGAAUCUACGGUUGUUCUACGACAAGCUGAUCACGCCUUUGCGAAAUUCGUCCUCGUUGGGACCGCAUCAACACUUGAACCAACCGCAAUUGAUCGGGAGCGCUAAGAUGAGCACGAGCGAAGUUUUCACCAGCCCGGGCGGCGGCCGUUUGGAGUACAAUUUUGAACGGACCAUACUGACGUACUAUAAUGUUAAUCGGUUUUUCGCGGCAUUUGUCGAUCAUGCACUGAAAGAUCUGGACUACAUCAUUCAAGAGCGAAGCAUUUUGGAAAACAUUCUGAACUGUGAAUUCCAGAGUUACGUAACGGAAAAUAAGGGCGUUUUCUACAUUGAUAACGGCCACUCAUUCGAUCAGAUUCUGUUCUAUGGGAAUGAAGGCAUAUUCUUCCAGGUUGAAUUGUUGCUGUUCUGCUGCGUUGUGUUGCUGACCGAAAAUUACCUUCUGGCGAUAAUUGUCAUCGGAAUCGCGUAUAAAUGCUUUGAGGUAGUGAUGAAUUACGUGCUGAAAAAUAAUCUUGCCAAGAAAACGUUAAUCGACAAACGAUUUUUGAUAUAA